AUGUCGGAUUCCAAAAUAAUUGAAACUAUAUCGGAUUUGAGCCAUUUACAAGAGCAACUUGCUUCAAUUACUGAUUCAAACCUGAACUCAGUAUUUGAAUAUAUCAAAUCCACUAUAAAUUCGGAUUAUUUAGAUUCUAGUAUUCAAUUAAUUGCUAAAUAUUCCCAAAUCAGAUUCAAAUCAAUCACCAGAAAUGCUAAGUUAUGCAAUCUAUUAAUUCAACACUAUCAAUCUAAUGCUUUAGAACAAAUUUUCAAAUUUGCGGAUCCUCAUUUGCUUCGAAAUAUAUUUGAUAUUAAAGGAUUUACGUUUGAUGAUAUCAUGAAAACAGAAUUAAACACUAAUAUUCUCAUUGCUUUUGCCCCUGAGUUAAAUGCAUUUUCUCAAAUUCGUAAUUUACUGUUUCGAGUUCCAUAUUCCAGACUUUUGGAGUUAAAAGCAGAUAACUGGAAGAAAUACAUAGAAAUUUUACUCAACAGAUACGAAACAAACACAAUUUGCCACGCAAUUUUCAAAGAUGAUAUAGAUAAACUGAAACAAUUCAAAGAAUUCGAUAAACAAUAUUACAUUGACGAGUUUUCAUUUAAUGAUGAUAUGAAAAUCCCUCUUUUAGCUUUUGCAAAGUUUUAUAAUGCGACCAAAUGCUACGAUUACCUUAUAUCAAAAGGUCUUACACCAGAUGAAACUACAACUGAAUAUCUUAUUCGCUCUGGAAGGUUCGAACUCAUCAAAGAAUCCGAAAUUACGAAAUUUGCUCAAGCAGCGUUAGAUUAUCAUCAAGACCACGAUUUGGUAACGCAAAAUGUUACUCUUGAGCAAUGUGUUUGUGCCCAGAACUACGUUGUUUUCCUACAAAAACUUGCAACUAAAAAUGAAAUUUCAAAAACAUGUUUUGAAAUUGCAGCUUCCUCCAGGUACCAUGCUUUCUGUGAACUGUUCGUAAUACGUGGAGUAUACGCAGAUAGCGACAUUCUCGAUAUUUUGAAAGAAAAGAAAAUGGAAAUCAUCAAAGGAGCAGGAGAUCUCUUAAAGUUCAGAGGCAAAUCAAUUGCAGCACCAUAUUCUACGGAACAGCCCAAUCCAAUGAACAAUAAAUGCUGUAGAAUUUUAUUAGUAGUAUUUUUAGUCGUUUUAAUACUAAUGAUCAUGCUCCUUGUUUAUAUUUUGAAGUACACAACAAACUUUGGUGUUGAAUUGCCAGCAGCUAUUGCUAAAUUCUUCUCAAGAAGACAUUACCAUUAA